UAAAUCUACUGUACCUGUCAAAUGACUGUAGGAUACACAAAGUAAACAGCGUUAGUUCCUGCCAGCCUAAUCCUCGAGACUCACGUAGGCGGAGUUAGCAGGAGGCUUCUGUAUCGCGUGAAAAAACAUUUGGUGGCAGCGGACUACAUGUCCCAUAAGGCGCAAGAGUAUGCGAGUAAUUCAUACUUCCGACAAUAAAACAUUCACAUAGAGGCCACAAAAUACCCGAUAUGUCCAGCAGGUGCCAGACAGUGGUGCAGGGUGAGGCAUCUGAGACAGACUCUGAUGAUGAAGUCCACAUCACCUCCCUGUCUGCUCCAUUUACUGCCUCAGUUGGAGCCAAGGUUCCAGGGGAGGCAUCAGAAACAGACAGUGAGGAGGACCAGGCGCACCCAGCCUCUGCAGUCCGCCAGGAGAGCGUUCAGAUAAUCAAGAGAGACCUGCCUCCUCUUAUCGUAGUCGGAGACCGUCCUGAUAUACAGUCAGUAGUGGAGGACAGGCCAAGCCCCACACACAAGCCACAUGGUGACACCCUUUUACAACAGAAGCUGCAGGAGUCUAACAGCCGGCUGUAUUCUGACAUUGGACAGACACUACGGCAUGUUUAUGGUAGUGCCAGCAGGGAGGUACGUAGUGCAACAGCUCAGCUGAAUGCUUCGCAGGGCGCCAUCAUCAACGCCUCCCACAGCAUAAGAUUAAUCUUAGAUGACCUGAAGGCUGUGUCAGAGAAGAUUGACAUCAUCACCAGCUAUCAAAUACUGCCUGAUAUUAACAUCAAUAAUCCAACUUGUACUGUUCCUGUACCUUAGAGGAAAAAAAUCGAUCUAUUUAUUUCAAAUAAACAUAUCAAUAUUAUGUUUUGAUCAGUAUGGAUAUAUUUUCAUUGAAUAACAAAGACUGGAUGUACAUUUGGUGCUACUUUUCUUUGCAGCAUAAAAGCUGUAAAUAUCUUUAAAUGUGUGGUUGUGGUAUAAGAACAUACUAUGUAUCUGUAAUUCUUAUAAACAAGCUGUUGGCCGCUGCCUCGAUAGUUCAUAGAUGUGGCUUUGAAUAAAUGUGAAGUGGAGAUAAUCCUGAAGAAAUUUGUCACUUGACAUUUAUUUGUUAUUAAUACACGUAUUUAUAAAAAAAAACAAAUGAUACCAAACAGGCACAAACAAACAAAUACCUACUGUGACUGUAUAGAUUACAUUGCAAAAUCAUUAUUUUGGGAAUUGCUAAACAUACCAAGCUGGCUGUGUAAAUA